AUGGGGCGCUGGUCGCACUACGACACGGACGACGAGCGCCUGCCCGAGGGCAUGGUGAGGAUCGGUUACGAUGCAGACGACCAGACCUACACGUUCCGAGAUGCCGAUGGUAGCAUAUGGGAAAGUGCGCCCGGGAACCGAUACGGGUCACUGAGAUGUGUGUCGAGGCCAACUCAACGCCGCGACAGUUUCGCCGACAAUGACGACCCCGAAAGCCCCCCGCCUCCGUAUUCGAUGCCCGAAGCAAGUUACCCAACGCCAGAAGUCUCAUGGCGGGCCGAGAUGAUGCCCUUGUUCAAUUUCUUCAUGAUUAUCGCGCUGUUCUUGAUCGGUGUCUUUUUCUAUCUACGAGCGACGGCAGGCAGCAUCGACCAGCAGAUCCCGGUUGCACAAUGCGACUCCGGCACUAUGCCGUACCAUAUCAAGGGAGGAGAUACGUGUUGGGCGAUCGCAGAAAACCGAGGCAUGUCGGUCGACGCGCUCAAGAGAGACAACGGUGGGCUCGACUGCGAUAACUUAAGAGUCGGACAGACCAUCUGCAUCCCAGAGGCUUAG